CGCGAAGAAAAUCUUAGAAGUUGUAGCUAUGUUAUACAAAACAACUUUCGCAGUUACUCUACUUGUUGUCUUGAGUGCAGUGCUGGUGCAAUGCGAAGAGGACGUCACCGGCAAUUUUCUGCCGCUUAAGAAAGCCGGUCAUUGCAAUAUCGAGAAGUGUCAGCUGCCGAAUUGUCGUUGUUCGGGCCUACGCUUACCCAGCGCCGACUUCAAAGGACACGUAAAGGAAAUACCACAGCUUAUCACAGUGACCUUCGAUGAUGCCGUGAAUGUCAUUAACUACGAACAGUAUCAGCAGAUCUUCGACGGACUCGUGAAUCCGGAUAACUGCAGUGUGCGCGGCACCUUUUUCGUCUCACAUGAGUACACCGAUUAUACACUGGUGAAUGCGCUCUACCAGCAAGGUCAUGAGAUAGCGUUGCAUUCGGUUACGCACGGCUCCGGCACGGACUACUGGCGUGAGGCGGAUGUGGAACGUCUGAUGGCUGAAUUCGGUCAACAAAUUGAUAUGUUGGUGGAAUUCGCCAAAGUGAAUCGCAAACAUAUACGCGGUGUGCGUUUACCGUUCCUACAGAUCUCUGGAAAUAAUACAUAUGAGGCUGCUAAGCGUUUAGGGCUGCUAUACGAUAGCUCGUGGCCAUCACAACGUAACCCUCCCAUGUGGCCCUAUACGCUAGACUAUCGUUCGACGCAAGAUUGCCAGAUUGGUCCAUGUCCCAAUGCUGCGAUUCCAGGAUUUUGGGUUAGUCCAAUGGUCACUUGGCUUGACACUGUCGGCUACAAUUGUGCCAUGAUUGAUGGCUGCAUAUUUCCGCCGAAGGAUGAAGUAGACACUUUGUUCGAAUGGAUGGUGGACAACUUCAAAAGACAUUAUGAUGGUAAUCGUGCGCCAUUCGGCAUGUAUCUGCAUGCGGCUUGGUUCCAGCGUGGACGGCAUUAUUUUGAGGCUUUCAGAAAAUUCCUUCUAUAUGUGAACACGCUACCCGAUGUCUACCUAACCACCGCUUCAGGCGUUAUACACUACAUGAAACAUCCCACCCUGGGUAAACCCUUCCCAGGUUGUCCGAAAAAACCGAAUACCACAUGCAUAAAACGCAACUGUGGACUCCGGAAGAUGGAGUCGGGUGAGACGCGUUAUAUGAAUGUGUGCGAUACAUGUCCCUCCGUCUAUCCUUGGUUGGGCAAUGCGCUAGGACAGACCGAAAACUACUAGAACACGAGUUGGAUGGAGGAAAAUAUGUGCAGUGAGUAGCCAGUUACCACAGGUAAAAUGUACGGCUGAAGCGGUUCUUGAAAGUAUUUGAAGGCGCCGAAGUUUGUUGCUCAAUAAAACUGAUUUAAAACGCA